AUGGCGGUGGAGCGCGGGGAUGAGCGGGAUGAGCGCCGGGUGUCCGCGGGAUUGUCGGCGGGGAUGAGCGGGAUGAGCGGAUUCCGGAGAGUUGAGCGGGGCUCCGGAGCUGCCUGGCUGCCCCUCGCCCGGCCGGCCCCCGACCCUGACCUGAGCGCUGGCCCCGAGGGCACGGUCCCUGCCCCGUGCCAUCCCAGCGGGCACAGCCAGCUGCUGUCCGGGUCCAGCGUGGGGAAGCGGCGUGAGAGGAAAGAGCCGCCCUCCGGCAGCGACAUCGUCCAUCCCGUCAAGGUCGACGAGAGCGGAGCCUUCCUGUCCUACGACUUGUCCCACCGGGCCCUCCACCGCCGGUCUCCCGCCUCCAGGAGCAAGCUUCCCGCCUUCUACGAGCUGCAGUACAGAGGGCAAGCCCUGAAAUUCAACCUGAGCCUCAACAGGCACCUCCUGGCGCCGGGCUUUGUCAGCGAGAGGCGUUUCGGGGGCAUCGCCGGCGCCAAGAUCCAGCCUCGCUCCUACAACCCGUGCCAUAUGAUCGGGGAGGUGCGGGGCCGGGCGCCGCAGGCGGGGCUGGCUGCCCUCAGCACCUGCGAUGGCCUGAAAGGUGUGUUUCAGCUCAUGGACGAGGACUAUUUCAUCGAGCCCGUGUCCAGCAGCCCCCGGGAGGAGGGAGCAGCACAGCCCCACAGGAUCUACAAGCGCCAGGUGCCCCAGGACAGGGCUGAGCAGGGCAGGAGACCCCCACGGGAGCCCUGCGGCGUGCGAGAGUCUCAGGAAGGCCUGGAGCAGUCUGAGAGGCGCAGGGAGAGGUGGGAGCAGAAGCAGCAGAGGAGGAGAAGGAUCAGGCAGCGCUCCAUCAGCAGGGAGAAGUGGGUGGAGACGCUGGUGGUGGCAGACACCAAGAUGGUGGAGUUCCACGGCAGCGCCAACAUCGAGAAGUACGUGCUGACCGUCAUGAACAUGGUGGCAGGGCUGUUCCACCACGCCAGCAUCGGGAACCCUAUCAACAUCGCCAUAGUGCGGCUGAUCCUGCUGGAGCACGAGGAGGAGGACCUGAAGAUCUCCCACCACGCAGACAACACCUUGAAAAGCUUCUGCAAGUGGCAGAAGAGCAUCAACGUGAAGGGAGACUCCCACCCCCUGCACCACGACGUGGCCGUGCUGCUCACCAGGAAGGACAUCUGUGCUGCCAUGAACAGGCCCUGUGAGACCCUGGGGCUGUCGCACGUGGCCGGGAUGUGCCAGCCCCACCGGAGCUGCAACAUCAACGAGGACACGGGGCUGCCCCUCGCCUUCACCGUGGCCCACGAGCUGGGACACAGUUUUGGGAUUCAGCAUGAUGGAAGCAGCAAUGACUGUGAGCCAGUUGGGAAAAGACCUUUCAUCAUGUCUCCACAGCUCCUGUAUGACACGUCCCCACUCACCUGGUCCCGCUGCAGCCGCGAGUACAUCACACGCUUCCUCGACCGGGGCUGGGGGCUGUGCCUGGAUGACCGCCCGGCCCGGGAGCUGCUGGACUUUCCCCUGGUGCCCCCGGGUGUCCUGUACGACGUGGGCCACCAGUGCCGGCUGCAGUACGGCCCCUACUCCACCUUCUGCGACGACAUGGACAGUGUCUGCAGCACGCUGUGGUGCACGGUGGGGAACACGUGUCACUCCAAGCUGGACGCAGCUGUGGAUGGCACGGCCUGCGGGGAGAGCAAGUGGUGCUUCAACGGCGAGUGCGUCCCGGUGGGAUUCCGGCCCGAGCCCAUCGACGGCGGCUGGAGCUCCUGGAGCUCCUGGGCCUCCUGCUCCCGCAGCUGUGGAGCAGGAGUGCAGAGUGCUGAGAGGCACUGCAGCCAGCCCACGCCCAAGUACGGGGGCCGCUACUGCCUGGGCGAGCGCAAGCGGUUCCGGAUCUGCAACGUGCGGCGCUGCCCCCCGGACAAGCCCUCCUUCCGCCAGCUCCAGUGCAGCCAGUUCAACCCCAUGCCCUACAAAGGGAAGCUCUACAAGUGGACACCAGUGCCCAACAACAUUAACCCCUGCGAGCUGCACUGCCGGCCCGAGCACGAGUACUUUGCGGAGAAGCUGCGCGACGCCGUGGUGGACGGCACGCCCUGCUACGACAGCGACGCCAGCCGCGACCUCUGCAUCAACGGCAUCUGCAAGAGCGUGGGCUGUGACUAUGAGAUCGACUCUCACGCCGUGGAGGAUCGCUGCGGGGUCUGCCACGGGGACGGCUCCACCUGCCACACCGUCCACAAGACCUUCGAGGACAGCGAGGGGCUGGGUUAUGUGGACAUUGGGAUUAUCCCCGUGGGAGCCCGGGAGAUCCGGAUUGAAGAGGUGGCAGAAGCCGGGAAUUUCCUGGCGCUGCGGAGCGAGGACCCGGAGAAAUAUUUCCUGAAUGGUGGCUGGACCAUCCAGUGGAACGGGGACUACAGGGUGGCAGGGACCACCUUCACCUACAAGAGGACAGGGAACUGGGAGAACCUCACCUCUCCGGGGCCCACCGUGGAGCCCGUGUGGAUCCAGCUGCUGUUCCAGGAGACCAACCCCGGGGUGAGGUACCAGUACACGAUCCAGCGCCCGGCCGACAGCGAGAACGAGAUCGAGCAGCCCGAGUUCCUGUGGCGCUUUGGCUCCUGGACCACCUGCACGGCCACCUGUGGGACAGGGGUGCAGCGGCAGGUCGUGCACUGCGUGGAGAGGCUGGCGGGCCUGGUGGAGGAGCGGUUCUGCGACGCGCUCACGCGCCCCGACGACCAGCAGCGCCCCUGCAGCGAGGAGCCCUGCCCGGCCAGGUGGUGGGUGGGUGAGUGGCAGAAGUGCUCAGCCACGUGUGGCCGGGCAGGGCUGAUGAAGAGGACGGUGCUGUGCAUCCAGAGCGUGGGGCUGGACGAGCAGAGGGCCCUGCAGCCAGCAGACUGCCAGCACCUGGCCAAGCCAGAUGCCACUGCACCCUGCCACCCCGAGGUCCCCUGUCCCUCCCCGUGGGCUGUGGGCAACUGGUCCGAGUGCUCGGUGAGCUGUGGGAACGGGACCCAGAGGCGCCCAGUCCACUGCAGCAGCGGCGGCAGCGGGGCCCCGUGCGACCCUGCCGAGAGACCCAGCCCCGAGAGGGCUUGCUCCUUGCCACAGUGCCACCAGAAAUGGGACAGCGACUGGUCUGGCAGCGGCUCCUCCAGCAGGGAGAUACUCAAUGAAAUCCCUUACAUCCCCAGCAACCACAUUCCUAAACUUAACCCCUCGAUCCCGAACGUCCCCGAGCCCAACGACCUCAAUGUCAUCACUGAGGAGGACUUCUCAGCCAGGAAAGGAAAUGUCUUUGUCGAUGAUUUUUACUACGAUUACAACUUCAUCAACUUCCACGAGGACCUGUCCUACUACCCCUUCACAGAGAAGGAGCCACAGCCAGAGCUGAGCACUGCUGGCACGGAGGGGCCCUGGGAGCUGCCCACCGAGCUCACCACCGAGCUGGGAGCAGAGAGCCAGGAGCAGCCAGCCCCCGAGGAGGAACUCACUCCUGCUCCUGUGGAUGGGCAGCACACAGAGCCCGGGGAUUUAGCCACCAAGCACCUCCUGAGCGUGGUCCCCGAGGAUGUGGGAUCAGCCACUCCCAGCUACACCACCCCUGGCUUUUUGGCUGAGGAGGAGGAGGAGGAGGAGGGUACGGUGCCUGUGCCCCACUCUGAGCACCACCCAGCCACCCAGAGCUCCGUGAGCCACCGCUCUGCAAACCACGGCCAGCCACCCUGGGGUGAGCCCCACGGAGCUGUGCCCAGCAGGAGCAGCCUUGGGCAGGGUGUCCCUGCUCCCGGGGGUCCCCACCCCGCUGGUGUGGGCUGGGGCACUGCCGGGGUGGACGUGUCCCUCGGGCCAGCAGGAUGGGACAGCGAGGGCCGUGUGAGCACACGGGGGCACGGCCCAGCCUGGUCUGCAGGGAGAGGCCACGGGGACUCCGGGGAAGUGGCUCUGGCCACCACCAGUGACAUCCAUGGUGCAGCCCCACAGCCCACCGAGCAGCACGGCCGGGCAGGGAUGCCAGAGGGGAUGCUGGACCCGCGGGCAGGAGGGCAAUCCCAUGGCAUGGAGAGGGCACAUCUUGCCUUGCCCACCCUGCAGGCCCCGGGCUGGGGGGUGGCAGGGAGGGCUGGCAGCCCCCACCCUGCCGUGAGUCCCCCUCCUGCUGGUGCUGGUGGGGCUCCCAUGGGACAGGGAGGGCACCAGCCAGAGCUCCACACCCCCACAGCCCCCACCUCAACCCCUCCGGUGACCACAACAGCCCCUCCAGUGUCCUUGUCCCCUGCCAUACCCGGGCCAGCCCCCCAGCUCACCUCCAGCGGCCUCAGCCAGCAGGGUGCCCUGGGCACAGCCAUGCCCACAGCCCCAGCUCAUGGCCCACCUGCCCACACAGCAAGGUCCCCCCUGGCAUGGGGGACACAGGGGGUGUCCCAGCACCCGGAUCCAGCAUCACCCCACACCGAGCUGACCUCCCAUGGGACCCCGCUCAGCGAGGAGGAGGCUCUGCUCCCACCGUUGCUCCCCGCAGCAGCCACUGCCAAGCCCAGCUGGGAGGUCGGGAACUGGAGUGAGUGCUCGGCCACGUGCGGCCUGGGCGCGGUGUGGCGGCCGGUGCGCUGCAGCAGCGGCAGUGACGGCGGCUGUCCCGCGGCCGACAGGCCCGUCCCCGCCCGGAGGUGCUCCCUGAGACCCUGCUCGGCCUGGCGUGUGGGCAACUGGAGCAAGUGCUCCAGGAGCUGCGGCGGCGGCACGAAGGUGCGGGACGUUCACUGCGUUGACACCAGGGACCAGCGGCUGCUGCGGCCCUUCCACUGCCAGGCCGGGCUGGCGCAGCCCCCGGCGCAGCUGCCGUGCCACAGUGCCCCGUGCCUGGACUGGUACACGUCCUCCUGGAGAGAGUGCUCGGAGCCGUGUGGCGGCGGGGAGCAGGCCCGCCUGGUGACGUGCCCCGAGCCGGGGCGCUGCGAGGAGAGCCUGAGGCCCAACAGCACCCGGCCCUGCAACAGCCAGCCCUGCACCACCUGGGUGGUGGGCUCCUGGGGACAGUGCUCGGCUCCCUGCGGAGGGGGCAUCCAGCGGCGCCAGGUGAAGUGCAUGGACACCAGGACGGGGGUGGCCGAGGAGGACAGCAGCCUGUGUGACCACGAGCCGUGGCCGGAGAGCACCCAGAAGUGCAACCCCCAGGAGUGCGACAGCUCCGAGCCGGGUGUCCCCUGCGAGCGCGACCGCCUGACCUUCGCCUUCUGCCAGACGCUGCGGCUGCUGGGCCGGUGCCCGCUGCCCACCGUGCGAGCCCAGUGCUGCCGGAGCUGCCGCCAGCCCGGCCAGCUGCCCGCCCGCGGCCACCAGCGCCUGGCCCGCAGGUGACAGCCUGUCCAGGCUGCCGGGACCCGGGUGACAGCGCUGUCCCCAGGCUGCCGGACCCGGGUGACAGCCUGUCCAGGCUGCCGGA